CGUAAAAACGAUAUCCUCACUCAAAAGGCUGUGAACUUGAGGGUCAUCGUAUAUCCGCUAGGCGGGCACUUUGAGAUGAAGGUCGUUCCGCAGUCUAAAAUAUUUUUAAAACAUGGCAAUACAUGGCUAUUUCGGUGUUUCCCUACUCACUUUUACCUAAGUAAAACUUCUACAUACUGCUUACGCACAAAGACUUUCUCAAACUCCUCCAAUGAGAAUGUAAGACAAAGUUGUUUACAGUACAACACUUCAGGAGCGAUUAGGUUUCUUCACUAUCCCAAAUAUGAUAACAGUCUCUCGUAUGGCACUCACUCCGUUUAUUGUCAAUUCCAUUUUGAAUCAAGAUCUGAGUACAGCUUUAGGUCUCACUGCAAUAGCUGGUGUAACUGAUGUGCUAGAUGGAUUUAUAGCAAGAAAUGUACCACAUCAAAAGUCUAACAUUGGUAGCUUACUGGAUCCUUUAGCUGAUAAAGUCCUUGUGACAUCUUUGGUUUUAUCGUUGACUGUGAUGAAGCUGUUUCCAAUUAGUCUGACUUGUCUUUUUAUCCUGCGUGACGUUGGACUAAUAGCUGUUGUGUUUGCAGCAUUUCUCCGGUAUUCCCUUUCAGCUAGUCCUGUGACUUUCACUCGGGAGGUUGAGAUAAAAGCAUCCAAUAUCAGCAAGCUGAAUACACUUUGUCAGUUAUCAAGCGUUAUAUUUAGUAUGACGUAUCCAUUGUAUGGAUUCCCUAGUUAUGAAUAUUUACAGGCUGUUUGGCUGUUAUCCGCUGGUACUACAAUUGCCUCUGGUUUCGGUUAUUUACAAAGUCUGCCUGAAUGGCGAAGGCGUAUAGCACAGAUAUCUCACAAAAAACAACCCUAAGUAGACUGUUUUGUAUUCUAUUAAAUAUACAUUGUGUACCUAUCUAUUUAUUUAUUUAUUUUUUAAACGAACGAAAUAUAAACUUAAAACGUAUUUAGUGUUGCUUUGCAUUGUUAAUCAAUUUCUUUAUUGAAGGUGGUUAGUAUAAAUAUGCAAUGUCUCUAUAUUUGUGUGACGUUGUGGCGCAUUGGUUUAAACGGUUAACUUCCAACAACUGAGUCAUGGAUUCGAACACUACGUAGAGGGUGAGAGAAAUUCGUCAAAUCAAUUGAGCAUCAGCCGUUUCACCUUCAGCGAUCAAUAUAUUUAUGUUUGCUGAUCAAGGCACUCUACUCGAACUCAUGCAACCAGGUGACAGGUUACGGCGAGUUAUCGUCUGAAUUGG